CUCACGUCGGCUGCUCGUCUUCGCGCGGCUUCCCGUCACGUCUGCGCCGUUCGAGCGUCGGCAAGCCUCCUCUCGUGGAGUGCACUUGCGGCAACGCGACUUUCUGCUCCAGUUGCGCCUUCCGACUCGAACGUUGAUGCGACUUCGAUCACUAGCGCCUGCAACGGCUUUGCGCUGCAACUUUGCAAGCACGCACUUCAACAACACCCCACCACUAAUACACAUUUGCAUCUCCCAAUCGUUUCUCGCAAGUGGUCCGCCGAUGCCAGCAAGACAGCGCGCACCGCAGGCAAGACAUCUGCCGACGAGGAGACUGCCAGUCGGAACGCCCGAAGUCACAACAGAGCGACCCCUGUCUCGUAGCAGUGGGCGCUCCUCGAAGAACACCGCGGAAACAUCCAACCUGCACGAGUCGACUCGGACACGAUCCUCCUACACGACAAUGUCUACGUCCGACAUGGCCCUUGCCCAGGCAAAGCUUCGUCGCCAGCAGGAGCGCAUCCAACAAGCCGAAGCUGCCUUGUACAAUCCACCGCCAGCAGAAAAGGUCGAGAAGCCUCGAUACGACCCAUCACGCAGCAAGGCAAAGCUCGUCUGGAAGCCGGUCGACCUCAGCGAUCGCGUAGAGCAGCGCACGCGCGGCAGCGAGAGCAGCGUGGAAGUUCGCAUCAACAAGUACAGCGCGCCUUCCCGGGAGACCUCGCUCUCGCGUUCCAUGUCAAGUGCAUCUCAGCAAACGACAAAUACCAGCCAUGUGGACUUGCGCGAGACUUCAGCGCUCGAUGACGGGUCUGGAUUUCAGCUCAUGACUCGACAUGGCCCUCGAGCGAUGAAGGCCACUACUGAGGUCAACACGUAUGGUGACAGACCCGAAAUCGAAAAGCAGAAGACAGUUGAGGCGGCCUACGACAAGAAAGAAAUUCUCGAUGUCUUCCGGCAGGAGCUGCCUCCUCCCGAUUUCCUUGCUACCACCCCCGGCAUGAGCAAUGGCUACGUCCAGUUUGUACAGCACCCAAACGGUGAUGUGGCUGCGCAUAUGUGGUCUUUGUCCAACUACGCGUGGGACAACAUCGGUCAUUUCAGCAACAUCCGCAAGCGAACAGAAGGUCAGCUGGGUGGUGACCGUCUGAAGGGGGAGACAGCGUACCAGAAACUUCAACAGCACACUCUUGCAUACUUUAGAGUCCUCGCCAAGCAACGCGAAGCUUCGGUGACGGGCGCGCCUUUUGGUCAGGACAAUAUCAAAUCGGCACUUCAUGAACCUCUGCAGCCGGCGUCUCCUGAGCGAGAAAGCGACAGCAUUGCAUCAAGAUAUGCACCUCAACCGUCUCUCGAGCAUGCCGAAUCAGAGUUCGCUCAUGCGAACCCGCGCGUCUACCCGGUUUCUGAACAACCAAAAGUGCAUCCCAUGGCUCUUGCCUCGAGGCAAGAAGAUCCGUUCAGCAACAGCACAGCCGAUACCUUCACCACUUUCGGUCGGCAGUCGAGCUAUGGCAAUCUGAGACCGACUGCUUCGAGCAUUCAUCAAAUACCAACGGGUCAAGAACGACGCCAUGACACAGGUCCAGAAUCCACACCGACUCGCGAAGCUCUACGCGACCAAUUGCACAAGACUGUCGACAUCGCGGUGAAACGCAGUCUCAGCCAAGCCAACCUCGCGCGAACUGUUCUUCACGAUCCUAUGCGAAAAGCCGAGCGGGACGAUCAAUCCCAUAGCUCCAGCCCGCCGGCUUUCCCUAUCAAUAACUUGUGCUGGAACUGGCAAGAUUCUCAGAUGCGUUCUGGUGGUGAUGUCCACAUUCCCACCGAUCGCAAGACCAGCGUUCUUACCAUUGGGAGUGUUCCCGACGUGGAUGUCGAGCCCUUUAUGACGCCAAAGCCGCAAGAGGUCCACCGUCCGCAACCCGUCGUGCCGCUAAAGCCGAUCGCAAAGCCUGCAAAGAAGAGCUACGACGACGAGCUUCGCGACUGGUGGACGGGUGGUACCAAGUUUGCCCGUCAAGAGGAACUUUUCCAUACUGUGAUGAACAGCACGCCCAAGUCAUCACGCGCCAGCUUCUCUGCCGGCGCAACAAGCAGUCGACGUAACACAUCUGCUUCCAACACUUCUUCGGAUAUCAGCGAGACCAACACGCGCAUCCUCAUUCCGGUGUACGAGAACCUCGCUUCGUACGUUCAAGGACCUAUCGAGCAGCGCCGCGACUACUGGUGUCAGUGGUCACAGCCACCGGAGUGGUGCAUCGAUCGCGGACCAAAUGGCAACAAGUCCUUCUUUGAUGACAGCUGGGGCCAGCCGCCAGCUCGGGUUGGUCGUGAUCCGAGGUACCGUCGUGAUCGUGGUGAUCUUCAGUUCGGAGGUCUUUCGCCAAUGUCUCAGAAGACGAUCGGCAGUCCUGGCAUGCACUCGAUGGGAAUGGGAAUGAGUCGCUUCGCUUAUGGAAGAUACUAG